GCCAUUCACCGUGAAAACCGUACGUACGCUCGCGCUCUGGUCACCGACAAGGUCGCGCAAGGUCGCGCAACCAUGCUGCUGCAUCCAUGCGCCAUAUGCAGCGGUGUAUGCACACGUGUAUUUGCGUGUGUAUAUGUGUGUGUCUGUGUGUGCGCGCGCGCGAAAUGCAGGUGGGCGACAAUAUUCUCGCGCGAUAUUCACUCGUUCGGAAGAUAAGUAUCUAGAUCGUCAUAAUUAAUUAAUUAAUUCGACAGUCAAUCGACGUUUUUUCGGUGCCUGCGCGUUGUAUUCUCUCUCCCUUCCUCCCUCCCUCCUAUUCUCUUCUCUUCUCUCCCCCCCCCUCUUUCCUCUUCUCUCCUACUUUUGACACUUCGACAUUACAUUCGCAUUCUAUCGGCCAGACCCCGCCACUUUAUUAUUGCGCGCGUUUUUCGCACAUGCACCCCGUGCUCGACCCACACACAUGCACCACGAUUUGCGCGCGAAAGCAGCGGCUCUCCCGGCUAUCGAUCCGAAUGCGUAGAAAAUGCUAUUGAUUCCCUCGGCCGACCCGACGACCUCUUCUCUCCAUAGCGACGAUCCGAGAGGAGAGGCUGGCGGAUAUAAAGCUCUCUCUUUCUCCUUGUUCCCCUUUCUCCGCUCCUUUUCUGUUUUUCUUUAAUCCUGUCUGGAUUGUGAUCUCUUUCGUCCCACUGUUAUAAUAUAUAUAUCGCAAAAAGAGCAAAAGUGUAAAAACGGACGAUAUCAAUUAACGAGGAUCGCGAACGACAGAGGGAGAAUGAGAGUUUUCAUUUUAAUGACAGAAAUAGACAAAAGCGCCUUUUUCUUUUUUGCAUCAAUUUUGAUCGAUCGUUCUCUCGCGGUCUCCUCAUCUCCGCAGAGACGAAACGUGUGUCGCGCGUACGUGACCGCGCUGGAAGGGGUGAGAGGAGGAGAAUUGCAUAAAAGGCAAACACGAGUCAGGCUAGUCGUCUAUUCGCUGCCUGCCUACGUCCUCCAGGGUCGUACACCCACGUUCAAUCCUCUAUCACGGUCCUCUCUUCUUCUCAAAGUUGUUUCGCUUAUAGUUUCGAGAGCCUAGAUAUAUUAUAAGUUGAGAGAGAGAGAAUAUCUUUCAGUACAUCGCACGAAAUCUAAAAUUCUGAGAACUUGCAAGAGUUUACGAAACAAAGGGUUGAAAGGAAGAUACGAUUGAGGUCACGAAUAAGACGAACACGAUAAUCCACGGCCGAUGAGGAGCACAGCACGAGGACGAGUAGUAGAAGAAGAAGAAGAAGGAACAGCAGCAGCACGAGCAAACACGAGGAGCUUCGUCGUCGAGGUAGAAAGUGGCGGCGCGGAAAAGCAAAAGGGACGACGAGGACGACGAAGUGGCGGUGGCAGUGGCAACGGCGGGAACGCGACCAACAGCCAGGUCCCAUGUUAGCGGACAUCAACGGCAAUCUGGCGGAUCUGAGAAGCGAAGCGAUGGCGUCGCAGAGGUUUUGUCUGCGUUGGAACAACCAUCAGAGCAACCUGCUCUCCGUCUUCGACCAGCUGCUGCACGACGAGUCGUUCGUCGAUGUCACGUUGGCUGUAGAGGGUCAGUUACUCAGGGCACAUAAAAUGGUGCUGUCGGCGUGUAGCCCUUACUUUCAGGCCCUAUUUAUCGGUCACCCCGACAAGCAUCCCAUAGUCAUUCUGAAGGAUGUGCCGUACGUGGACAUGCGCAGCCUGCUGGACUUUAUGUAUCGUGGCGAAGUAAGCGUCGAUCAGGACCGGCUGACCGCGUUCCUACGGGUCGCGGAGUCCCUGAGGAUAAAGGGUUUGACGGAGGUGAACGAGGACAAGUGCGAUCUGCCGAGUAUCACGUCGUCGCUAUUGGGCGGUGCUCAGAACGCGGCACCACCGCCGCCACCCAGCCUCCACCGGAUCAACCAGAUCGGUCCGCAUCACCACCAUGUCUCACAGAAGAGGUUCCAUCAUAUGUCCAGCCAUCCGUUGCUGGGCUCGGCGUUGACCGCACCUAAGAGGAAGCGCGGCAGACCCAGGAAGCUCAGCGGCUCAUCGGAUACGCCGAUCGGUGAGGCCGCUGGUCAGGAUCUGCAAUCGUGCUCGGGCGCCGAUCUCGUCCAAGGCUCGCCGGAGAUGAUGGAGAUGAAGAUGGGCCUGGACUUCCAGAGCGAAACGAGCGGCAACGGUGUGAGGAGCGGCCAAGCCAAUAAUGUGACGGGCUUCGCCAACAAUCCCGCCGCUACGGCCUCCUCGGGGAGAAAAGACGAACCAACGGAGAACGGCACUGACACCCCCGAGCCGCCGUUGACGCGGGUCAAGCGAGAACCAGAACCAACGCCCAGUACCUCGGCGCAAGCCUCGGAUGAGACAUUCGCGCGACCGCACAGUAGGCAAGGGAGUGAGAGUUUCAAACAAGAGUUCACGGCGAGCAAGAACGAGAGCAGCGGCGAGACUUGGAAGGAGAAGACACGCGGAGUCGGAUCGCUGAAUCAUCCGUCGGGCUCGUCGCCGGCCGCGUCGAUGGAUCCGUCGUCGUCGCCGACCUCCUCGUCCACGUCCUCGUCGUCGUCGGCAGCGCGAGCGUCGGCGUUAACGCCAGCGACCACUGGCGCGACAUCAACGACAACGACCAGCUCGUCGACGGCGAUCCCGACGACGACGACGAGCACGGGCGGCGGCGGCGGCGGCGCAUCCACCCGCAGCUCCUCGGUCUCGCCGGCCUCCAGAGCGCAGACGAACACCACGUCCGGCAAUACGUCGAUGUCGGCGCCGAGCGGACGCCAGGCUCCCAAACGACGUAUGCGACGUCGCGCCACCUCGCAGUCCCAGGACCCGGCCGAACAGCUGACGGAGAUGUCGGUGCGCGGCUUGAACCUCUUCCGCUACGCGUCCAUCAACGAGGGUGUCUACCAGUGCACCGAGUGCGCGAAACUCGACAUCCAGAAGACCUUCAAGAACAAGUACAGCUUCCAACGGCACGCGUUCCUCUAUCAUGAGGGCCACCAGCGCAAGGUGUUCCCUUGUCCGGUCUGCAGCAAAGAGUUCUCGCGGCCCGACAAGAUGAAGAAUCACAUGAAGACCGUGCACGACUGCUUCAUGCCUAAAGAUUGCGUCGUGCCGUUCGGCUUCUUUCUGUCGCCUUAGCGGGCGGCGCGAGGGCGGGGUGGGCUGCCGACCGGCCCGGCGGUACAGAGGAACGCGAGGAAGAUCGCGCACGCGGUCGCCAGGGCGACCGGUGCUGCGCCGUCCAGGACGAGCGCGAGCGCUCUCAGACGCGGAAGUCGCUCCUGAAUGGCGUUCGUGAUAGCGACGGCCGGAGGUAGAGAAAGAGAGAGAAAGAGAGUAACAUGGCCAAGAGAUCUGAUAAGAUUAUGGACAGCGAUCUACGGAGAGGGUGGAAUCGUUAAAGAAUCGGAGUUUACAAUUCUUAGAUCAGAAAUCUGCAAAUUCGCGAGAUAAAUUGGGAGAUUUCUCGGAGAUUAUGAGGGAAAAGUUCACACUAAUCGGAGGAAGGAAAAACGGCGUUGUGUAAAAAUUAGUAAUGUUAGAUUAGGAUUAACAUUUAUGAUAUAACCGCGCAUACUCGGCACGAAUACGAGCGGUACGGUGUGUAAAUAAUAUUACGUCGAAUGUGCGUGGAUCGCUGUCCAUUUAACGGUGAAACUUCCAGGCAGGAACUCGCCGUCGCUAUCGACAAUCGCGUUCCCUAUAUAUGUAAUAUGUCAUCCUACGCCGAUGGACAAUGCUCGCGGACCAAUCGCGUAGCCCAUCUCACCCCCGCGAUGAUUACGAUGAUGACGAGAUGAUGAUUCCGAUGUUCGCCGUGUUCCUCGGAAAAGACAACGAGGAGCCUUCCCAUUCUGUGCGUGGGAAGAGGCGCGAAAUCGCUUCCUGAAGAGAGGGAAAGAUCGAGCGAGCGGAAGAGCGAGCUCAAGAGGGGAGUUGAGAGGAGGAGGGACGGACAGUGAUGCGCGAUUGACGCUGGAGAAUGGAGAGAGACGCGAGUUUUUGGCGAACACACACACACGGUCUCCUCCUCUCCCUCGCUCCUAUGUACAUUAGUAUUAUAUGAUCUUCGACCUGUGCAAUAACGAGCUCGAUCCUCGCUCGCUCGUCGAAUCGUAGCGUAGUUCUGGGUGGAGAACGCGCGGAAAGAACGUGGUGCACGUGGACGAGCCGAGUGCUAAAGACUAACAGGGGUAUCUUUGUACCUUGAGAAAAGAGAAGAGAAAAGACACAGAGUGUCGUUUCUUUGAUUAUAAAAAUCUUAGAGAUUGUAAACCCACCAUUUUUGUUUGUUAUAAAAUUUAUAGUUUCCCGAAAUUUUACCGCGAAUUGUGUUCUUCAAGCACUUCGCAAAUCAAUCGACGACAAUAGUUUGUCACGAUCAUAUACGAUCAUAUAUAAAAAUUACAAGACUUGUAUAAUGAGCGGGAAAAUGGAUACUGUGACUCGUUUUCUGAGGCGCGGAUAUUUAGGCGAUAUUUUGCCGUUUGUUACACUCAAUUGAGACGCAUAUAAACGCGCGAUUACGAAAUAUAUCGAGAGAAAAAAAUAAUUGUAGUGCGACUGAGACUCAGAGAGUCGCAGGGUAAAAGUGACGAUGAGCGAAGUGCUAUUAGAAUCAUGACAUUAGAGCGACAAAGAAAUAAAUAUUAAUCAACAGACAUUCGUCCUCUGCGUGCACCGCGAAGCGAGAUCCUACUUCUUGUACCCUGAAGAAGUCAUCAACUUGAACGUCUUGCUGGAUAUCGGUAUCAAGUAACGUUCUAAGAGCGAGAAUCGUUUUGUUUUUUUUUUUUUAACGAAAAUAUACUCAAAUCAGAUUCCGAGUGAGUGCUUUGAGUGCUCAUUGACAUUUAUAAUGCUAAACGGUAGAAUUAAACAGACAUUUAUUUCCUUCGAGGGGAAAUUAGGGGAGCUUGGCGGCUGUCUUCAGGGCGUAUCGAGAAUCCGCGACGAGGUAGUGAAAUCUUUCCGACGAGGAAUGAUGAAUAGUGAAGUUAAAGAUUCCAAUUCGAUCUUACACUGGCUUCCGGCUCCGACGUUUCACGAACGGUAGUCUCUUCCACGAGAAUUGUUUCAAUUCGAGCCUCCUUUCUCGCUUCGAUAUGUCUUUCUUUGAAUUUAAAUAUUUUGGCCUUAACGAAUUGCACUUCUAUUGAAGUCCAUUCUUCAGAAUGCGUGGUCACAUAAAGAAUGUCGCACAAAAUGGAUGAAGUAGGUGAAGCGAACGAAGAAACGAGGAAGAUACAGAACGUAUCGUGAAACGAGCCGAGCUAAUAUUUUAAUAUAUACAUAUACAUGCGAAGGAAAAGAAUAUAAAAGAAAAAAAAGAGAGAACACACAAGAGGAAGACACACAGAUUGUAUAUUUAUUAGAAAAGUAUAUCCAGCGUGAAUUAUCCAAGAAAAGGAUGUCCAACGGAGAAAAGAUGAAGAGAGUGGGAGAGAGAGAAAGAAAGAAAGGAGAAAUGGUUUCUUCUCCUUCCUCCCCCGAGUUUCUUCCUGUUUUUUUUCUUUUCAUCUCUUCCGGAGGAGUGUAUCAUAGGCGCAUUGAUUAUUAAUUUUUACUAGUUACUUGCUAUUAUCGUUUAUUCUCGCACUUGCUAUAUGUUAGUUACAGACCGCAUUAUUUUUAUUGUCACCCUGUUAUAUAUUACAACUAUUAUUAUUAUUUUUAUUAUAAUUAUUAGCACAUUUGUUCGGUAAGAAUUAUUAACUUUUAGCCCUGGACCAGCAAGAAGAAAUUGCUUAUUAUCGCACUAAUUAAUAAUAAUAAUAUUAUUACUUUUAGUAUAUAUGUAUAAAAGCGAACGCACAGGCGCACACGCACGUAGGACAGAAGACGUUCUAAUAUCUAUGUGUACACCGAUCAAACGGUGCAGAUGUAUGCGUCGGAUCUUAUUUGAUCUGUAGCGUCCGUAUAGAUCCAAGCAGCGAGAUGUCGGCAGCGUUGGGACGUGCCGACGUCGAGAGAAUGCAUGAGUGAGUGAAAGACAGAGAGAGAAAAAUAAAAAACGAGCAUGUGCAGGAUGGUAUCAUCAAUCAAUUCUUUGAGAGAGUACAGCUUUCGCGCUCGAAAACUUUUACGUCCUUGUCAAUUCUCUGCGAAGACGAAGUCGAUCCAGAGCGUGAAAGAGCUUUCGAGGGAGAACCGAGAAACGAAAGCAGUAUUUUGGUCUUCCGCAUUGACGUUUAUUCGUACGCGUGUGAUGUGUGUGUGUGUAUAUGGCUUGAGUAAAUAUGUUGAGAGAGAAAGAAAAUGAGGGAGAGAGGGCGGCGGGAGGAGAAAACGAAAAAUUAAAUAUGAAAGUGUGAAUACGAGAAUCGUGUGUGAAUGUAGAAAGAGAGUUAUUUAACAGAAUAUAUAUAUAUAUAUAUAUACAUAUAUAUAUAGAGAGAGAGACACAAAAAGAGAUAUAUCAUAUGAGAGGGAACGUGCACGUGCUUGUGAUAUCUUCCUCUGCAGGAAUUCGAGGUCGCGAGAUAUCAAAGUCGCAACUCUUGAUAGCCUCUAUUCGUACACAGUCCACGUAGAUAUGUAAAAAUUAUUUCAAAUAUUAUAUGUGUCAAUUAAUCAUUUGUAUAAUUAUACAUUAAUUAAUUAUAAAUUAAUUGUACGAUAAUUUAUAAAGCGAGAGAGAUUGAUAAUUCGAUCUUUCCGCUUGCUUUCGUGAAUUUUUCACUUCGUAGAUGCAAGCAUUUGUAACCCGUGUGUAAACUAUAAGUCUAAGUGCAACAGAUCUCUGUAGAGGAUUUUUCAUCGUUUGCAGUCUCAAGCCGGGAUAUUCUUGACAAGAUUGCUGCACUGCUUACUUCUUAAUUCAACAAUGAGUAUGAAAACAUUUAAGAACAUUAUCGUUUAUUGGUAUGCAAAAGUUUAUUCGUAAGAAUUCUUUACUCAUUGCUUUUUUGCAUCAGAAAUUAACUGAAUUUUUCUCGCUUGCUGCGCGAAAAUAAUUAGAUUAACAGAAAAUAUGUACCACCGGUGAUUCGAGAUUGCAAAAAGUUUGGAUUCUCAGUAUCGAAAUUUUCCCGGAAAGUUAUUCUGAUGAUUCGGGUUUUUUAGUGAUGUGCUACUGUUGUGCUA